AUGCGGAACACAGACAACCUUUCCGCGUCAGAACCGGCUACAUUAGGAAGAGGCAUGAGGACAAAGUACGUUGCCAAUACAUUACCUAUUUUUUCAUAGAUAUCCCCGAAGACUGACGUCAGAUUCGAACGACGACGACGAACUGCGCGACAUACGAGGGCACACAAACGGACGGUUAGGCCCAUGGCCCGUACCUCCAGCUGUACUCCGGUUGGCCUCAUUGGCUUAAACGAACUUCAGGCCAACAAACGAUAAUAUGCCGGGUCCCUCCUACUCUCAACCACGACAAGCAGGAAAGACAUCUUAUCAGUCAUCAUGCCUUAUCGCAUUGUCCCAUUAGGCUGCCAAUCGAUGAGAACAUACCUCCUCCACCACAACAAUUGUUCCAAGAAAUCAAACAGGAGUUGGCAUAUCAAAGGUAAAUCGAUUAAAACCCUUUAAUAUUAUAUAGGAAAAAAUUUGACUUCAUUUCAGAGGAAAUGGUCUGGGUGAAGACCAAUAUACAAGAUAUCAAAGCCACGCAAGCCGACAAUCGUCGAGCGUUGCAAGCAGUUAGCUUUGUUUCGAAAGAGAAGCCUCCCCUUCUACAGCUGCCUUUGCGGACUGCCGAAGCGUAUAAAGACUUUCUUACGAAAAUUGGAUCGGACAAUGACCUAGCCCAGGAAACGGUAUGUAAACAAGCUUAGACACUCUUUAUGGCUUAUAGGCAAAACAUUUGUCCACCGUGGGAGGAAGGACUGAAAAGGAGUUCAUACGUAAUCUUCUGACAGCCCUUUUGGGACCUCCCCUUGCCAAAGUUUCUGUUGGGUUGGUUCUAACGACAAGCAGUCUUUCGUGGGGAGCCCGCUGUUCAGCGUCCUUGGUGGUCUGUUUAUUUUGUUUUUUUCUAACACCUGCAGAUGCAAUACGCGGCAAUGAGCAGUACCGUAGCUGCCAUUCAGAAGUAAUUAGGCAAACAACGAUUGAAUGGCUCCACAGAACCCGAGAUCGAUACGGAGGGCGAGCCAAACGGCGCCGCACUGCUGAUAUGGUACUUAUUUUUCUAACAAGUUAUUACAACACAUUGAUUUAGGGUUCCCUAGAACAUUCAGCGAGCAGCCUUGACUUUUCGCAAUCAAUAUCGGAAGACACAGUAACUUAAUACUUCCAAUGUAGCCUGCUAUGCUACGAUUUUUAGUAUAACUUUCACUAACCUCUAAUUAAUAGCAGUAUUAUUUAACAUUAAUUAGUCUGCUAUUAUGCGCAUAAUUUUCUUAUGCAUACAUGUAUGCGCGGGAUAUCACACGAUGUGAGUUUCUAACAGCAAAUUAAAUAUUUAUUUUACAGUUAGACAUAUGUUUAUUUACCGGAUACUUCUUUCUGACAUACUUUCAAAUUCAUUAAUACUGAUUUAAAUUUAUAUCAGUAUUUAAUUCUAUAUAAAAAUUCAGCAGGGUCUCACCUUCCCGCUGGGUUCUAUUGAAGAACCGCUGUUGUUCCGCGGCCUGGCUGGACUCUGAAUGGAAAAUCUGUUUAAGGGCUCCGAAGUAUUCCUCGAAUGAGCAGAAAGGAGAGGGAGCCAGCCCAUCUACCUUGUAUACAAGUUCGGGGGCGAGGAGGGAUUUAAGUGUGGUCUUCCUGAAGUUUUCGGGGACCAACUCUAAGUACGGCCCUGCUAGAGAGAUCCAUUGGGCCUGGUUGUCGCCUUGACGUAGGAUCGGGGAUUGUAUUGACUGGGGAGUGAAGGCUGGUGUGGUGGAUGUCGGGUUGGUGGCGGGGAUAGGACAGGCUUUGGCCGAGGGCGUUGUUGUAUGUUUUUGAAGUGUGGGGUAAGGCACGAAUAGGUUUCAAAAGGGGCGAAGGGCGAAGGAGGGCACGCCGUUGUGAUUUUCGGGGGUGAGCCAGGAGUUGGCGUGGGUUCCCGGACGGGAGCUUUCGAUCCGGACAUCGCUGCCACCAAAUUUGUAAUACUCCAGAUAAGAUGGGAACAAACAGUUCACAACACACACACACACUGAUGUGGAAUGUGGGGAGCGAUGAUGAGAGUUUAUUUUCUAUUGAUAAUGAAACACACAAAGCGCAGAUGGGCGAAAUUGAGAUACUGCCAGACUCUUGUCGGAGUUAUAGUCAAUUGGGCAGACCUAAAGCAUAAAAACAAGAAAAAAAGGUUACCAGGAAGGUAUGACAAUGUACACUUGAAGUGUGGCGUGUGUGACAAAGCCUCCCCCUCUGAAAAGCCACUGUCCUCAGUGGCUGAAGGAAGAAACUUCGACGGUUUGACCAACGGGGAUAUUGUCACUAGGGAUUAUGAGCGGUGGGUCAGGGGGUUCGAGGGGAUGACCCGCCUUUAACCUGUUAAAGUUGACUAUGUGGGUGUUCGGGUUGUCGGUCUCACGUAUUCGAUAAACGUUGUUGGGUAAGCACUGGACGACGGAGAAGGCGCCGGACCACGGAUUGUGGAAUUUGCUAGGUUGUCCCGGUGGAGGAUUAUCCCUGUGAAGCCACACCGCAUCGCCUGGUUGGAACGGUGAACCGUGUCUUUGUCGGCCGUAAAAGCGGGCUUGUGAUAGUUGAGCUUCCUGCAGGUGUGUGCGGGCCAGCCGUUGACAUUCUCGGUGGAUCUCUAUCAGUCUCGUAAUGUAAGAUGGGGGCGUGGGAACUCGGGUCGUGGGGUAGGUAGAUAGGAGUCCAAAGGGAGUUGAAGUUCGCGUCCAUAAGUCGACAUAGUGAAGCCCGUUGACUUGUGUAUGGUACUGCGGUAGGAUAGGAGACAAUGGGGAAUGAGGGUGUCCCAGAUGUCGUUGUUGGCCGAAUCUAUGAACACUCGUAAUAGAGACAAAAUAGAUUUGUUGGUUCUCUCCGUCUGUCCGUUGUCUUGUGGGUGAUAUGCUGUGGUCCUCGUUUUCUGUAUGUCGAGUCGACUACAUAGUUGAUGUACUAAGAGGCUUGCAAAGUUGGCACCUUGGUCGGAGUUAAUAACAUUCGGCACCCCGAAACGGGCAACCCACGUACUCAUGAUCGCAUCUGCGACCGUUGGCGUUGUCUGGUUUGUUGAAAGCCUUUUCACUCCCCAGUCAAUACAAUCCCCGAUCCUACGUCAAGGCGACAACCAGGCCCAAUGGAUCUCUCUAGCAGAGCCGUACUUAGAGUUGGUCCCCGAAAACUUCAGGAAGACCACACUUAAAUCCCUCCUCGCCCCCGAACUUGUAUACAAGGUAGAUGGGCUGGCUCCCUCUCCUUUCUGCUCAUUCGAGGAAUACUUCGGAGCCCUUAAACAGAUUUUCCAUUCAGAAUCCAGCCAGGCCGCGGAACAAAAGCGGUUCUUCAAUAGAACCCAGCGGGAAGGUGAGACCCUGCUGAAUUUUUAUAUAGAAUUAAAUACUGAUAUAAAUUUAAAUCAGUAUUAAUGAAUUUGAAAGUAUGUCAGAAAGAAGUAUCCGGUAAAUUAUAUGUCUAACUGUAAAAUGAAUAUUUAAUUUGCUGUUAGAAACUCACAUCGUGUGAUAUCCCGCGCAUACAUGUAUGCAUAAGAAAAUUAUGCGCAUAAUAGCAGACUAAUUAAUAUAAAAUAAUACUACUAUUAAUUAGAGGUUAGUGAAAGUUAUACUAAAAAUCGUAGCACAUCGUAGUACAUUGGAAGUAUUAAGUUACUAUGUCUUCCGAUAUUGAUUGCGAAAAGUCAAGGCUGCUCGCUGAAUGUUCUAGGGAACCCUAAAUCAAUGUGUUGUAAAAACUUGUUAGAAAAAUAAGUACCAUAUCAGCAGUGCGGCGCCGUUUUGCCCGCCCUCCGUAUCGAUCUCGGGUUCCGUGGAACCAUUCAAUAGCUGUUUGCCGAAUUACUUCGGAAUGGCAGCUACGGUACUGCUCAUUGCCGCGUAUUGCAUCUGCAGGUGUUAGAAAAAAACAUAAUAAACAGACCACCAAGGACGCUGAACAGCGGGCUCCCCACGAAAGACUGCUUGUCGUUAGAACCAGCCAAACAGAAACUUUGGCAAAGGGGAGGUCCCAAAAGGGCUGUCAGGAGAUUACGUAUGAACUCCUUUUCAGUCCAUCCCCUAACGGUGGACAAAUGUUUUGCCUAUAAGCCAUAAAGAGUGUCUAAGCUUGUUUACAUACCGUUUCCUGGGCUAGGUCAUUGCCCGAACCAAUUUUCGUAAGAAAGUCUUUAUACGCUUCGGCAGUCCGCAAAGGCAGCUGUAGAAGGGGAGGCUUCUCUACCGAAACAAAGCUAACUGCUUGCAACGCUCGACGAUUGUCGGCUUGCAUGGCUGUGAUGUCUUGUAUAUUGGUCUUCACCCAGACCAUUUCCUCUGAAAGGAAGUCCAAUUUUUUCCUAUAUGAUAUUAAAGAUGGGUUUUAAUCGGUUUACCUUUGAUAUGCCAACUCUUGUUUGAUUUCUUUCAGCAAGUUUCGUAUUGAGGCGCUAAGUUCUCCCCGUCUGGUAACCUAAUGCGACAAUGUGAUAAGGCACGAUUACUAAUAACUAGUUUUUUCUCCUUGUCUUCGUGGAGAAUAGGAGGGACCCGGCACAUUAUCGUUUGUUGGCCUGAAGUUCGUUUAAGCCAAUGAGGCCUACCGGAGUACAGCUGGAAGUACGGGCCAUGGGCCUAAGCGUCCGUUUGUGUGCCCUCGGAUGUUGUGCAGUUCAUCGUUUUAAUUCAACUGCUUCCUGUGCGUUUGCAAAGAUUGCUAUGAGCCAGCUAAUUAUCAGAAAUCCUCCGCGGAAAAGUGUGUCUGCCCUUGAUGAAGCAAUUUAUUACUUCAGAGGAGAAAACGUAUCUUCACCUGUAAGUUAAACUGCAUGACGCUGUUCUGAUUCCUAGAAAAUGAAUGACAACAACGAAGAUGCAAAUGGCUCCUACGAACCCCUACCGUCACGAGCCCCUUUGCGCGUUGAGUGUAACAAGCCUUCUUUCAGCGGACUUUUCUGAUAACAGCUAUCCAACGACUGGCCGAUCGACUUAGACAAGGUCAUUGCGCUGCUGAUCAAACAUGUAGCCGGAGUGUCCAGAAAAGUAGACGUACACGUUAAAAGUGACCGUCGGCUUCACGGCCGCAUACGGAAAUAGGAGGCGCGAGAUAUUGAACGGCAAACCGCUGGUACUUUGCUCGCUCAGCCGUCGUGAAACCCGUUGCAGAAGCGGACGAGGAAGGCAGUGAAAUUUCGCCAUUUGCAUGCCCUACUUGAGGACAGCGGAAUACGCAGCCAACUGGUAUGAUGUCACUGUCUUCUUACUCACCUGUCUGGGGGUGGGGGAUUCAUUUGGACGACUUUGUUAAGCGCAUCUUCUUUACGCUUCUUUUUAGAGAUUAGCAUCAACGUUGACUUUAAGUGACGGAAGCUAAUGAACAGCCCCAGUUAGUCGGACAUUUAUAAAGUCAUAUUGGGCAAGUUGGUAAUUCAUUGUUUCAUUGUCUACAUGUAGACUUUUUCGUUGCGUAGAACAAUACUGCGCUGCCAAGCGACUUAAGAGGCCGCUGGGCAAUUACGUCACAACGACAAUGAGAUGCCAAACUAGACAGGUGAGUUAACUUCAAAUUUUAUAAAAAAAUUAUCCUGUCCAAUAGAAAACAAUGCGGGACAUUUGGCAGGAGACCGACAUUCAUCUUCGAAAUCGCCAACUGAAUUAA